UUGGACUACAGUAUGCUUGAGCCUGCACACUGUAUCCUCUGUUAGACCCUCAAACCCAACUCACAGCUUCACACAGUGGCAUUUCCGUCUUUGGGCUUACAAGAUGUUGAAAUUCCCUCUGGCUGUCACUCUCACGGCGUGCUUGUUGCUAUUUGGAGUUGCUGCUCAAAAUCCGAAGAACAAGGCAGAAAGAAAAGGGAUUCUGAAAGCCGAAAAGGGGAAAAGGGCCAUAAACAACCGACCAAGCGAAGCACGCAGGAACAGCAGUGAGAUAAACAGGCUGCCUAGAAACGAGCCGGGCUGUACUAGCAUCGGAGGAAUCUGCCAGAAACGCAGCUACAUCUGCCAGGGGAGGUACCUAAAGGACAAAUGUUCAGGAGGGAAGACACGCCAGUGCUGCAUACCAGCAGCCGCCUGGGACGUCCUAUGCGCCGGCACUCAUCACAACAGGGUGCGGGCGUGUGACAGGUUCGGAUGUGGCGGCUUUAACGCCAGAAGUGAGGGCGCUAUACACAAGGCUGUGGAUGUAGUGUGUGAUGAUUAUGGCAUCAUCACUGCUCCUUUCUCUGGAAAUCUGGGAGGUCCUGUUGGGAGGAAAGCUGGCCACAUCUUUCACUAUGAUGGCAUCAAGCUCUCUAACUCUGUGCACUGUGUGAAAAUCUUCAAUGUCCGGCCUUAUCGCUACACAGGGCCCAUUGGUCAGGGCCAGGCUUUGGGCUAUCUCCUUCCACUCCAGGAGACUUUCUCAGGCAUCACCUCCCAUGUGGAACUGCAGAUGUGCGACCAGUCUGACCCCACACCGUUCAUCUGAAACCAGACAUCUCCACUACUAACAUACUAACAGUUCAGCUUUAGGUUGGCUGUGAAGGCCGUGGCAUAUGAUUAAUAUUAUUUUCAUACUCAUCCAACCAUUUAGCCACUCUGCAUGCUGUGUGGAUGGUGAUGUUGUCAUCCCGGAAGAGUCCACUCCCAUGAAGAUAGAUAUGUUUAAUAGAAUAAAUGUAACUUUGUAUUAAUUUGGUGAGAGCAGUCCCUCCAAAGGGACAAGUGGACCCAAGCUAUGCCAGCAAAAUGCCCCCUCACAGCAUAACAGAGCCCACUGAGUGUAGGGGUCAAGCAUUCACUCACCCAGCGGAGGAGGAUGGCUCAUCAAACUGAAUCACUGUUUUCCACAUCUCUGUAGAUUAAUGCCUGUGGUUCUUAUACCACAACUUUCAAACCUGAGUUUGCCUUCAUAAUGAGAGCUUUCUGGACUGGAGCCCAUUGUAGAUGUGGAGGGGCUGCUCCCUGCUCCUACUAACUGCCAGUCUCUGUGACUGAAGGUCCUGAUAUCCAUGCCCUGAUAAUGAACCCUCUUUCAAAGUCACUUUUCCCCUUGAUACACGAUCAUGGUCACUUGGGCCUGCUUAGCAUUUUUCCACAUGGCACAGAUUGUGGUAGGAUGUUAAUUGCUUAAUUGGAAGUCUGUAAACCCGUCUGGAUGUGCCAGCGCUUGUUAUGUUUCUCCACUCGUGCAUUCAGGUUUCUCCUUUCAUCCGUCAGCUGUCUGGGUAUGUAAUGUGGGUAGAUGUAGGCAUGGAUGAAAGGUCGUCUGUUUAAAGGAUUUCUGCCUUUCUCUGUAUCCAACUGUUGUAGGGCUAUUGCUUUUCAGCUUUAUGUUUACUUAUGUACACGCAUGCAUAUCAAUCUAC